UCAGCCACAAAUAGUAACUCAUUCAUAUCUUAUUUUUGGGUGGAAAAUAUUGUUUAUGUUCAAUUGGGCAACAACCAAUCCAAUAUAGUGGAAGAAACUUCAUGUUUGGGUUCGUACAUUUGGAACGGUAGGAGUCAGGGGCUAGUUCAACAACAGCAGGUUUCAUUAUGCAAAUUGUUUAGUAACCAAUGCAAAUGGUGGUGAAAUUUGGGCGCUUUCCUGGUUCAGCCCCAAUGGUGCCACGUACCUUGCUAUUGUAACUUUCUGAUGCUUCUCCAAAAUGGACACCUCCUCCCCUACAAACUGUAAAGUAUCACUCCGAUGCUGCAUUUUGUUUUCAAGCAGGAUUGGCUGGCAUGGCAGUUGUGUGCAGAGAUGCUAAUGGGACCCUUCUUGAUGAUGGGAUCGCCUUUAGGCAGCAUGUGUCAUCAAUACUAGUAGCUGAUGCUUUGGCACCGUUUGCUGCAGUAGGAUUGGCAACUUCCUCUGGCGUGCAGCGCGUGAUUUUUGAAUCGGAUUGCAAUCGAGUUUAUUUUGGCCAACACUACUCAGGUCUCCACCCCAUGGCAGACCCUCUUGUACUUUCUAUAUGCUCUCCAUCUGCUACUUCUGAUUCCUGUAAUUUUGAUUGUGUUCCUCAUGAGGCCAACAAGGUAGUUAAUUGCGUUGCCAGGCACGUUCAGAGGGAAAAUGUCCUUUAUACUGUGUACUUAGACAGCUGCUCCGUAAUGAUAUCUCUACACAAUCAAUGAAAAUAUUCAGUUGAAGCUCAAAAAAUAGAAGAGAAUUCUCCACUGCUUAAUCUCAAGCAAAGGAUUUGCAAAAUUAACAGUGAGACUAUCU